AUGCUUUUGGUUUAUGGCGGAGCCCUGAAUAACGGCAACAGAGCACGUAGACUUUAUGGAGAGCUGUAUCCCACGAGAAGGUUGCCUAGUCAUGAUACGUUUGCAAAUACUUAUAGAAGGCUACGUGAAACUGGCAAAUUGCAACACAGGGAACCAGGAGUACGUGGAAGACCACUUGAUGUUGCUGUGGAUGAGCGUAUCUUGGCGGCUUUUGACGAUGAUCCCACUAUAAGCAUUAGAAAAGUAGCGACUGAACUCGGCUUUUCUGUAUGGAAAGUGUGGUCGGUUCUCCGCAACGAUUGCAAGCACCCAUUUAACCUCACCCCAGUGAAAGCGGAAGACUUUGCUCUCCCACUUGAUAAUAGUAAUAAUGUUCAGCAAUCUAUAGAAAACGCUAAUAGUAAUGUUCAGCAAUCUAUGGAAAAUGCUAAUAGAAUCAUUCAUGAUAAUAAUAAUAAAUCUGAUGGCGUUUGUGAAGAUAAUCAAGACUGUUUGGUAGAAGAUGAAGGUCAAGAAGAGAAACUACCACGGCUUGAUGAUGAUGCCGCUGUGGACUUGAAAAUAAUUAGAUUUACCAACCGAACACAUAUGGCAAAGAUGUUCGAGCCACAUGAUGAUAGCGAAGAAAAGAAUCCCGAUAGUGAAAAUGAAGAAAACGAGUUCUUUGAAAGAGAUGGACCUUCUUUGAUACUUCAAUCGAAUCCACGUUACGGAAUUAGUGAUUCGGGAGAUCUGCUAUGCAUCAAUUGUUCUAAUGAUGCAAUAAUCGCAACUGGGGAUAUGACGGUUAAUUCUGGUAUUGAUGUUUUACCAGGGCAGAUUUUAAUUCGUGAUCCAUGGGAAUCUAUGACUGUAUCCGAACUCCUAUUUUGUAUUAAAGAAACACAUACGAUCACGACAAAGUUGAACUAA